AGCUCGCGAUGCAAGCCCGCCGUCCUGCAAAGAGGUCGAUUUUGGGCAGCCGGGUCUGUGCUCCGAGUCCGGCCGGGGAUGGGCAGCUCGUUCCCGGUGUGAUCCAGGCGCUGAAAUGCCAAAGCAGCGAGUCCGGGGGGCGGUGCAACUUCUACACGGUGAUGCUGGAGGAUGGCAGCUUGAGGGAAUACCCGGAGGAGGAGAUUGUGGUGGUGGGACCCGGCUUCCAUAACCACGGCAGCAAAGGGCAGCUGAAAUGCAGGGAAAAGCUGAAUUGCAAUGGUCGAGAUACAUCAUCAGUUGUGUCAUUGCAAGAUCAAAACCAUACUGAAAACCAUCAGAAGGUGUUGGAACAGCAGCUACCCCUAGUGAGGAAGAUUGAAGCUAUGAAAAUACUGGAAACUAAAAAGAUCAGCUGGAUUCAGGAUCAUGAGAAGGAUCACAUGCGUCCUGUUGUUUCAGAUCAGAAAAGAAAAGUUGUUUCUUCAAACAUCGAUGUGCCACGUACCAGGAAAUUCUCAGAGGAAGGGGAGAUGGACAAAGUAACAGCGGCGAUGGUCCUGACCAGCCUUUCCACCAGCCCCCUCGUCCGCAGCCCCCCCUCUGCAUUCCGUGUCGCAGAUCAGAACGGUUCCUGGAAGGAGGGGGCGAACAUGUCAUCAAGCUACAGCAGCAGUGGCAACUGGAGCUGGGGUGCCCCGAGUGAUCAGUCAAAUCCAUCCACCCCAUCGCCACCCUUAUUGGCCGACAGCUUCAAACCUUUCCGUGGAGCUGUCCAACCAGAUGACAGCAUUGAUGAGGCAGACUCCAGCAACCUGUUGUUUGAUGAGCCUAUACCAAGGAAACGAAAGAACUCCAUGAAAGUUAUGUUCAAGUGUUUGUGGAAGAAUUGUGGAAAAGUACUCAGCACUUCUGGGGGAAUACAGAAACAUAUUCGCACCAUCCAUUUGGGACGCAGUACAGAUUCAGACUGCAGUGAUGGUGAAGAAGACUUCUACUACCAAGAGAUUAAACUGAACACUGAUUCUGUGGCUGAGGGUUUGGGCAGCCUUUCUCCAGUAUCGCCAUCCGUGGCCUCACCACCUACGCCCUCCAGCCUGGACGCAGGACGAUCUGAAGCCAGCAUCACAAGAACCGAGGCCAAACCUACCACUCCACUUAGUCGGUCAGCACCAACAUGCCUCUACCUCAUCCACACUGACCACGCUUAUCAGGCCACAGCACCUGUCAACAUUCCUGGGUCAAAGUUUACUCCUACCAGCAAUGGAUUCAGCAUCUCUUGGCAAUCUCCACCAGUAACCUUCACUGGCAUGCCAGUUUCACCAACCCAUAGCCAUCCCGUGGAAAUUGGAGACCAGCGCCAGCAGACCCUUCCUUCACUCUCGUCUCCACCCAGACCUGUGGUUGGAGCAAGGAAAACUCGUGGGGAAGGAAAGAAAUGUCGGAAAGUGUAUGGCAUGGAAAACCGAGAUAUGUGGUGUACUGCGUGCCGUUGGAAGAAAGCUUGCCAGAGGUUUAUUGAUUAGAGAAACGUUGCGAAAGGCCUGUAAGAAGAUUCUUUAGGCAGCUAUUAUGUAAUGUUUUGAAGCACUUAACUUUUUCUAAAUAAAUUUAUAAGUGUAGCAACAACACUUACAUUCAACAAAAUGCACUUAAAAGAAUCCUGUGUGGAACCAAGCAGCAAACAGACGGUUCCAAUGUCAGUGAUAAAUAGUGUAUUACAAAGAGAUCUCUUUCUAUGAGCAGCUGGAACAGAAUGAUGAAGAAAUUCUGAAGCAAAUGUUUGUACAAAAGUUUGAAACGUAGCUGACAGGGAGUUGAAGUAUAUUGUGUUCCAAUUUUAUACCUUAUUCUUGGAGGUUUCUCGGGAAACCUAAUAUUUGUGACCAGCGUGUCAACACAAGGAACUCUGUUAUGAAACACACGUGAUUUAUCUUUUUGGUGUAAUUUCAAUGUUCUUCUGAGCGGUAUAAGCUAUUUUUUAAGCUUUUUACUCGCAUUUACUUUUAAACUACAGCAAAAUCACUAAUGGGAAUAUUGCGUUCUGUUGGCGACAUUGCAAUAUGUGUCUUAUUUUCUUGAAUGUUGAAGGAGAUGUAAAAUCAGGGUCACAUGAAAGGUGAGUGAAAUUAUUUCUUUGCAGACCCAUGAUAAACUUCCAAGAAAGCAAAAUUGAUUGUUUUGCAACAUUAAUAAGACACCAUGGAGCAGAAGCCAGGCUCAGCAGGAAUUUAUGUUUCUUAGAAAAGCAAGAUAACAAAUAGCUACAUAGUUUUGCAUUAAAAGCUAGUGAACUCUUUAGGGAUGUGCAUUAAGCUGGAUCAAUGAAUGAAGACAAUGCAAGUGAAUUGAUGCCAGUUUUGUUCGAUAUUAACACUGGGGUACAUUAAGAACAGCAGUGCUUUUUUUAAAAUGUCUUUUUGGCUGCAGUUCUGUACAAACUUAUAAAUUUACUCCAAUAAUGAUUUUGACAGUUAAUCAGAAACACAUUCUCAGUGCUAGGAAUUAUGUGUUGCUCAUCUAACAGACAUUAUACUUAAUGUAGGGUUAAUCAAAGGGACUGUUCACUGUUACCAGCUAGGCAGUAAAUGCACAGAGUGGAUUGGCUACUAACAGUUGAGCUUGCGUGAAAUCAAUGGAGUGAAAAUCAGAUAGAUUCUACAAUGCAUGGGUAAUCCAUUAGACUAUUAUCAGGACAGUGAUGGUGAAAAUUACCCUGAAAGUGUUAUCAUUUCCCUGAGAUAAUAAAGCUGCUCAGAGAAAUGAUGCCAUUCACUAUUAGUAUACUGAUUGUGUAAGAGUGUUCACAGCAAUUUCUUUCAAACCAAAUAGUAUGAUAAUUAGCUUAAAGAACAGCUGAAAGAAGGGUCUUACUGAACUGAAUUUCGUACAAUCCACAUUUCACUAUGUCCAGCUAGGUAAAGCUGCCAAUACAGUAAAUUCUAGGUAGUUCAACUGGUUUCUUUGUAAACUGAGAUAAUGCCAUGAGUAAACUGAUUAUACUACAUUAUGUGAAAGCAAAUCAUACACAGGAGCAGCUAUUCAGAUAAUUUUGAAACACUUGAACAU